UUGUGAGUAAAUUGGAACCCUGUAGAUAAAUGGAUCUUCUAGCUCCUUGCAACGCUUGCUACCCGCUUCACCGGCGAGCUACAUUUCACGCGCCGCUAAACUUCACUCUAAACUCCACUAAAUGCAGCCGCAAAACGACUUUUGAGCUGCAAGCACCGGACGCCGUCGCUGCUCAAAACGGUACCAGCAAUUCAAUUCCGAACAUUCCAACCCACAAAGUCACCGUUCACGAUCGCCAAAGCGGCGCUGUUCAUGAGUUUUUCGUCCCCGAGGAUCAAUACAUAUUGCACGCGGCCGAGGCUCAGAACAUAAGGCUACCCUUUGCUUGCAGGCAUGGCUGUUGUACUAGCUGUGCUGUUCGUGUAAAAUCAGGGAAAAUAAGACAGCCAGAAGCUUUGGGGAUUUCAAAUGAACUGAAAAAAAAGGAUGUUGUACUAGCUGUGCUGUUCGUGUAAAAUCAGGGAAAAUAAGACAGCCAGAAGCUUUGGGGAUUUCAAAUGAACUGAAAAAAAGGGAUAUGCACUCCUAUGCGUGGGUUUUCCGUCAACUGACCUUGAAGUUGAAACACAGGACGAAGAUGAGGUGUAUUUGCUCCAAUUCGGAAGAUAUUUUGCCCGAGGACCUAUUGUAAGGGAUGAUUACGCUUUGGAGUUAGCAAUGGGAGAUGAGUAAACUCCGGGUACUUGAUUUCAGGAGAUGACACGGAGUCCAAGAAAUGCAUGUACUUUUCAUUUUUGUAGGUAUACAUUUUAACCCGCAUCUACACAUUCUCUUUUGAUGGUUUGUUGAUCUAUGUGGUAUUGUGGUGCUACUGGCUGGCAAAGAACCAUGAGGAUGUAAACCAGCAUAUGUGAUGAAUCAUAAUUGACCGGUUCAACCAAGCAGAUAAAUAGGCAGAAGCUGAAAUUUGUCCUCGCCAUUUAUUGAAUGGCGCAAAGGAAGCUUUGGAUGAAGGGGCUUGCCAGCUCUUCAAGCUCUAGUCCACAUAGUGGGAUUGGAGUUUAUAUUUUUAAAAAGGGGGCAUGUAUUUCCAAUCAAGUAGUCCUUGUGAUAUAAAUUCCUUUAUUUGUAUUUACUAGUAUAUUUUAAUCAAUUAAAAUAAAAUACACACUCAGUAUCAUAAUAAUAUGGCAGUACAUUGACAUU